AUGGUUCAGAACGACAACAUUGCCAAUCAAAAUGCCGUACCCGGCGCCCUGGGUAUCAACCUACUGCAACAAGGUGCUGUACAACCUGCACCUCUUGCACCUCCUGCGCCUCCCGCACCUCCUGCACCUCCCGCACCUCCCGCACCCCCUGCUGCAGAGAACCAGCUACGAGGAGAGCCCAUUCCGCCUCCUCCAUGCCCUCUCAACCAGCAGCUUCAGGACGACGCGCGCAGAACGCUGCUGCUACAGAGCAUCGCAGAUGCACAAAAGAACUUGACGGGCUCAAUGGCCAGCAGCCAGCAGCCGCACGCACGCCCUUCGUACCGGCCUUCAUCGAUCAAGCCGACGUAG